CAGACUUUUCAUAUUGGAAUACUGAAUGGGAGCCGCGUAGUUCACCCUUGCCUAAAGGAUGGACAGUGAAGUGAUUCCCAAUGAUGAAUGUAAUGUCGAUAAUGCAACUUCACCAACUGUGGAUCCUAAGUUGCCGAAUGGUGGAGGUAUGCAGACAGAAAGCAUUGAUGCGUCAAAGGUCCAAGAAAACGAUGGUUGCUCGUUUAUAGAAGAGGAGAGAAAUGCGGUAAUUGCUGCUGCUGUUGCCGACUUUGAUGCAGAUGACCAGUGCGAAGAGAAUGAUGGUGAUGACGAUACAGUCAAUGUGAUUAUAAAGCCUUCCAGCAAAACAGGGAUUUACAAAACCGGCGCAGCUUACCAAGCGCGAUCAGUCGCUCACACAACCCAACAUCAGAAAGUCGCUCGUCAAGGUGUAGAAUUGGAUGAUCCAGGAAAUAUUAAUGGAAUCCCAACUGUUGAGUACAAUCUUUCCACAUUAGGAGAUGAAGAAAAACCAUGGAAGCGACCCGGAGCCGAUAUAACAGACUACUUUAAUUAUGGAUUUACUGAAGAAACGUGGAUCCAGUAUUGUGAGAAACAGAAAAUCUUGAGACAGGAAUAUGCAAACACAACACUGAAGCCUGUUUUAAGUAGUGGGGGUGCCAAUUUGUUACAGCGGAUUCGUUCUGGCACAGUUUCUUCCAAUACCCGUUCAUUUGAUGGUUCUAAACAAGCUAGUAUCAAUGUAAUAAAUCUGAGUGGUCCUGGAUUAAACAUGCGAUAUUUAAAUUCUAUUUCCAGCUCUAAAUCCGGAAAUUCCCCAUCUGAUGUCUCAAAUCGUCUCUUAAAUGGAACCGCAAAUAAUUCUUCAAACUUACUCAGUCAAUUCAACCAACCACCACCUGGCUAUUUAGGUGGAACUCAACAAACGAAUGGAAAUACAACUGGUACUGGUGUUUUUAACAUACCUCCUCCAGGUUUUGGAACAUUAACACCUGGAAACAAUUCACAAGUCUUAAAUGCUACAAAUCCCGCUGCUGCUGCUGCAGCCGCUGCUUUGUUUCCUAACCUUGCAGUUCCUCCUCCUGUUGUGAACAAUCUAACCGGAUGGCCUACUGGAAAUAUGGCACUAUCUAGUCUGAUUGCAUCUGGUGAUGCUAUUAUCGAUCCUACUACUGGUCAAAUUAGUGGUAUAAUUGAUCAUGGAGAUCGUAGCCCAGGUUCAAUGUACUCUAAUGAAGAUCCUAUGUCUCGACGCGGACGGCGUCAUUACCAUCCAGACGAAAUUAGUUAUUACGAAAGUGUCGGUUGCUAUGUCAAGCCCACACAGCUUAUUCUAGACUCCGAACAGGCUAAUUUAUUCAUUCUUCUUGAGUCACAUUUUGACCAUGAUAAUUCGCUUAUCAACCUUGACUGUUUUUAUGUAAGUGUAUGUGUACGCAUUUCUCAUAUUACUUAUCACAUGUCUGUAACUUAUUUUUGUUUGACUAUAAAUAUUGAGUAACGCUUGGUUAAUGGAGUUGAUUCGCACGCCUCCACCGCGCAUCAUUUCGUUUUUUGAUCAUCUACCUGAAUAAAUGUUUGAACGAAAUAUACGUUUUCGAGUUCCAUUCUCAUAUUUGACUUAUUUAAUUCCGUUAUUCACUAACGCGAUUUAGGUUCUUAAUUGUAUACGAGGUUUGGUGGAAUUUAUGUUUUGGUAGCAGUUAGCAAACGACCUACCUAGAGUCAGAUCUACGGGUUACUAAACCUCCUUGUACCAACGUUUAUGUGUUCAAGUAAAAAUUCAAUAAAUAAUCAAACUCAAGGUAGUGAGAAUUAAUUGUUGGUAAAGUUACAUGGAUAAUUCGAAUUAAACCAUACUAGUAAUUAUUCAAUCUUCAUUCUUAUUUCAUAUACACUUCAGUACUGUUUAUCGAGGUUUUGUUAGCUCAAUUUUUUGUAUUUCUUUCGAUUCCCUCUAUUUUAUUGUCGUCCAGUAUGGUAGUUUAGGUCUACAUACUUUGCUAGAUCAAAAGUAUUUGUUUAAUGUUAGAGUAAUUACACUUUGAACUUAUUUCCAUUAACCUCUCUAUCAAAUGGCCAAUAAAAACAAAGUUUUUUGUGCAUCUGGUAAAAUGUAUGUUUGUAAUUAAUCAAUGAUUAUUCAUCUACUAUUCAGUGUGAAAAAAUGUUUUCACUCAUUUGCUUUGUCAAGGCACUGCAUUGUAAAAACCCAGCGUAGUUUGUGUUGUAUAACGCUAGGGGAUGUAGUUUGAUCUGAAGUUUUCAUCUUAAGAAUUGUGAUUCAAAAUUAAGGGUUUUUAAUAAUCUUUCUUGUUUCGCUUGCAGAGAAGGCUAUCGAUCACGUCGUCGUAGUCGUUCAAGUAGCAGAGAACGUUAUCAUUCUCGGCACCGUCGCCAUCGUGAUUCAUCAAGAUCUGGAAGAGAAUACGAACACCGUAGAGGAACAUCACAUCAUUCUCGCCGUUCACGCGAAGACCGUUACUCUGGAGGGGUUGUUGGUGCAGAGGAACACGCGCCUACCGAAGCUCCCUCACCAAAUCCAUCUGGCGUUGGAUCACAUCGAGGCAGUGGGCGACGAAGUGAUCGCGAUCGACCUGGUCGAGACCGAAGCCGUGAAAGAGAUCGUAGUAGGCAUAGAAGUGAACGUCGUGAUCAUGAACGGUCAGUUCGCCCUUCUAGACAAAGCGAUCGUCGUUCAUCGCGUCGCAAAGAGCAACCUUCCCCACCAAGACCCCCUGUUACUUCAGAUAAACAACCAACUACCAAACCUGAUCCUCUUUCGGCUGCCGCAGCAGCAGCUGCCAACAUUGCCGCCGCCUUGGGAGCUACGAACUCCAGCGGCAAGGCUUCUUGACAAGCCAUUUAUUUCUUUGGACAGAUAUUGCUGCACUGUACAGUUUUUGUAUUUUAAAUGAAUAUGUUUUUCAAAUUUCGUCCAUUUUGUGGUUCUUUACUAUUUGAAUCUUUAGUCCAUUUUUUAUGGUCGUAGUCUUUCACUCGAGUAUUCUACGAAAGACUCCAUUAUACUCAUUAUAGAUAUGCUUUGUCUUCAGUGAGUUUACUGAUUGCUGGGUUUUGUAUCCCUCGUCUAAAGCUUGCAAAUUGUAUAGUCAAUCUUUUGAUGACAUAUAGAUACGAUGGAUAGUCCCCUAAACACAGUUACGCUUAGGAGAAUACACUAGUAGUAAUCGAACGUCCGGGCCAAGAUCCGUGAUAGUAAAUCUGAACCCAGUAUAAUCGUAGCAGAGUAGCUAGUAACAUAAAUUACUCCAAAUCUUACUGUACAUCUGCAGUCAAACUGACGAAAUCUUUGUCGACUUGCAUAACCAAGUGUCGGUAUAUGGACCAUUAUGUUAGUAGACCAAGUUGGUUCACAGAUGGGUUUUUUCCAACAUAGUAUGGAAUUAGACUGAAAUCAAUCCUGUGGUUGGAAUUUCCAUUGUAUCAUAUCUACUGGUGAAGAGCUUUGAGUAGAUGUUUUGAUGGUAACUUACUGUUGAUUGGUCCUAAGUAUACCCUUGCACAAUGUCUCUUAACGUAGACCCGUCAUUGUUAUGUCACGGACGUCCACAUCUCACACGCUUAUAAGCGUUGGUCACACUGCACUUUGCCUUACGCCGUUAGUAGGAGUGUACUGUAAGAAUAAGAUAAUGGGAGUUGCAAAAGUGACUUCAAAAGUAUAGCAGGGAGGUGCAUCAACCUAGAACAUGCUCUCCAUUUGAUUACCGUUGAUUGAAAUGAAGAGCGGUGGACAGUAAUCAAAUAGUCAACUUUAAGUGGUGUUCAACAGGACUAACUACGUUUUCCAUUUUUGCCCAGCCUAGUAAUAGAUGUCCUUUAAGAUGCAAAGGUCUCGAUCUUCCUACUUUGCAAACAAACUCCUAACCAUUAUAU